AUGCAAACCCCAGUAAGAUUUUCAAGCUGCAGAGGUGUGGCCUUUGAGGUGAAACCUCACUCAGACCCUUUUGCCGUAAUAAGCGCACCAACACCCUCAAACAGUAAACCAUUUUGGCCUUUCGGCACUUCUAGAGUGUUUCCUUCUUCAAUACAAAGAUCCUCUAGCAAAGCCAGUAGCCAUUUCUGUGACCUUGAUCUCCACGAAGAUGAAGAAGAUGCUCUCCAAAGCAUCCUAGAAGAAAACUAUGACGUGGAGAAACAAAACCCACUUGCCUCACUUUCUGUGCAAAAUGCUAGCAAACCCCAUCACCAACCCACCAAGCCUGUGAAAAAAAACGAGUCAAGACUCUCAGUUAUACUUCUAGACCAAGGCUUGUUCACUGUGUAUAAGAGGCUUUUCGUUAUUUGCUUGACCCUGAACGUUACUGGUUUGGUUCUAGCAGCUACGGCGCAUUUUCCCUAUGGAAGAAACAAAGCUGCUCUGUUCUCCAUUGGGAACAUACUCGCUUUGACACUCUGUCGAAGUGAGGCCUUCUUGCGUGUUGUCUUUUGGCUUGCAGUGAAGACCAUUGGAAACUCAUGGGUCCCUCUUUUCCUCAAAACAGCUACCACUUCUUUUCUACAAAGCAUAGGAGGCAUACACAGUGGAUGUGGCGUGAGUUCAAUUGCAUGGCUUGUGUAUGCAUUAGUCCUCACUCUUAAAGACAGACACAACACUUCACCAGAGAUCAUCGGUGUCUCCUCUGCUAUUCUUGGCCUUCUUUGUCUCUCGUGUCUCCUUUGGGCCUUCAUCAUGCUCACAAUCAGUUAUGAUCCUAAAACCAAAUCUUACUCAAACAAACUUGGGUCAAGUUUGGUAAAAAGCCAAGAGUUUUGGCUCACUGUGACCAUCACAAUACUCAUAAUCAUGCCAUGGUUGACAGUGAGACGUGUCGCUGUCAAAGUAUCCACUGCUUCAGGCCAUGCUUCCAUCAUCAAGUUUGAGGGAGGAAUAAAGGCUGGGAUACUGGGAAGGAUUAGUCCCUCACCACUUUCUGAGUGGCAUGCCUUUGGCAUAAUCUCUGAUGGGAAAAAGGAGCACAUGAUGCUUGCAGGUGCAGUUGGUGACUUCACAAAAUCUUUGGUCUCAAACCCUCCAACCCAUUUGUGGGUUCGCCAAGUGCACUUCGCGGGUCUACCUUAUUUGGUGAACAUGUAUGAGAGGGUGUUGUUAGUGGCCACUGGGUCAGGAAUUUGCGUGUUUCUUUCGUUCCUUUUGCAGCCAUGUAAAGAAAUUAAAGAAAUAGUAAGUGGGUAUCCAAAAGAGAAGGUGAUAAUCCAUGAUACUGCUUUGCUAGGUAGGCCAAACGUGUCUGAAUUGAGUGUCAACGCUGCCAAGAAUUGGGGUGCUCAAGUGAUGAUUGUGACGAGUAAUCCAGAAGGGAGCAGAGAUGUUGUGAAUGCAUGCAAAGCAGCUGGAAUUGCGGCUUUUGGUCCCAUAUGGGAUUCCUAG